AUGGACAACGGACCCAAGCAGCUGGGCUCAGUCAGCACCGCCAUGGAACUAUGGACACUUUUGGCUGCUACCCCAGGGUCGGCCUUGUUGCCCGUGGUUUCAAAACCGCGUGGUCCCAAAGCUACUUCAACACCCGACGGCCCCGGAAGUUCCACUACCCAGCAACACCGACCCCAACAGGAUCACCCACCUCAUUACACCCUCGGUGGUGUCCAUCACUAUGCCGCGAUGAUCUCUAGGGUGAAUUCCCUCUGCCAAUGGAUGAGACCAUCUCCCUCCCAUGUAGAUAGACCCAACUCCCGGGUCGGACACCAGGUACCACGCCACCCCGAUGACUCAAGGUGGACUACCAGUGGGGAAACGGCUGCCGAAGAGCGCGGGGAAAAACUAGGGGAGAUUGGGGUGUCAAAUCAACAGCUACAUUCCGUCUUUGAUUAUUCAUCUCGGAAGGAUAGAGAGCGACUGCAAGAACCAAUGAUCGCCCAGGCUGUCUUCUCUAUCCCUCCAACUCCUCCUAUGUGGGUUGGGUGA